CAAAAAUAUCUUGGUGUGGAGAUGGAUAGCUGAAGGAUUUAUCACUGAAAAACAAGGUUUUUCUUUGGAGCAAGUUGCCGAGAGUUAUUUUUAUGAGUUGAUAAAUAGGAAUUUGAUCCAGCCGAUAACCUUGGUUCCAAGAUAUGGAAUGAAUGCAGUAGAAGAAGGGUGCCGAGUCCAUGAUAUUGUACUGAACUUCCUCAUCUCUCGAUCAGCUGAAGAAAAUUUUGUAACUAUGUUGGAUAACCAGGGUCUUCCAUCUUCAGAUAGAAGGAUUCGUCGGCUCUCUGUCUGGUACAAUACAGUACAUGCUGUAGCAGUCUUUCGAGGAACCAUGAAUCUGUCUCAUCUCCGUUCAAUUAGUAUAUGCAAUGUUGGAGGUUGGACGAUGCCUCCUGUUUUGGACCUACCUGUUCUUCGGGUGUUAGAUCUAGAGGAAUACGAUGAUUCGUGGAUUGUUGAUCAUGAUGGCUUUUUUAGUUUAUUUCAUUUGAGGCAUCUAAUGUUCAGUAGAGGUAUGCUACCUGCCCAAAUUGGGUAUCAGAAUUUUUAUCCUGAUUGCAUUUUAAGUUUAUUUCAUCUAAGAUAUCUGAGGUUCGGUGGAGGACGUGGUGUCAUGCUACCGGCCCAAAUUGGGAAUCUACAGUACCUGCAGACCCUCGAUUUAAGUGGAGCUAAAGUAACAGAACUGCCAGGAAGUAUUGUUCAUCUCAAGCGGCUGAUGUGUCUUGUUGGGUACCAACUCAUCAUGCCAGAUGGGUUUGGUAACAUGGAAUGCCUUCAGGAGUUAGGGAAUCUUGAUGGCUGCAACUGUUCCAUAAGUUUUGGGGAAGAUCUAGCACUUCUGAGCAAGUUAAGGGUGCUCCGAGUGACGUUCAUGUGGGGCAGCACAACUGAUCUGAGAACCAGAAGGGAAUCUUUGUUGUCAUCCCUCUGCAAACUUGGAGGAAACAGCCUUCGCUGUGUCUACAUUUAUGACAACGUUGGCGGUGGAGAUUGUUUUGUGGAUUCAUGGUACCCUCCUCCAUGCCGCCUCCAAAAGUUUAUUCAUAUCAGUAAAUACUUGGGGUUUCCAAAGUGGAUUAAUUCCUGUCUCUGUGAUCUCACAUACUUGGAUAUACUUGUUCAAAAGAUGGAGAAGGAAUAUCUACGUAUUCUUGAAGAUUUGCCUGCCAUUCGUUUCCUAUACCUUGACGUGAAGCAAGUCUCAGAUGAUGGACUCUUCAUCAGUCAAGGCGCAUUCCCAUGUCUAACAUGCUUCCAAUUCUAUAAUAUCGAUGGACCUAGUUUAGUAUUUGAAGGAGGCAUGCCAAUGCUAGAAUGGCUUAGGCUCGGAUUCGACGCAGACAAAGCACAAUCAACAUACGGCAGUUUAGACGUUGGCAUUGGGCACCUCUCAUCUGUCAGACGUAUCGGUCUCACCGUCCGAAUGAUAUCUGAAGGUCAAAAUGAUCCGGUGGAGAAGGCCGUCAAAUCUAUCAUCAAUGGCCAAGUACAGAUGCUUCCCAACUGUCCCACAGUUGACAUCGGAUUUAGUAGACGAAGACGAAGUCUGCCGGCAGGCAGAGAAAGGCCAUGAAGAAGAUGCAAUUACGUCUUGUGAAUUCUGUAUGUUUCUUGGAUUACUUGGGCUCAAUUAUUUAUGAUGUUCUGCUUAUCCCGGCACUCGAACUGCGCAGCAACGUGAAGCUCCUCAAGACCUCCCUGAAGUCCCAGAGAAAGUGCAGUUACAGAAAUCCAUCUUGUGACUUCAAAGUACAGAAUGAAGGCAAAGAGCUGGAUUUCCCCUUUUCUGAAGAAGCUUGCUCCAUCUGUCCGGAGCCAUGUUAUGAAUCAAGCCUUCAAUUCGGGCUGCUGCAAAUUUGCAGUUCAUUUUCCUGACGCCUAACAGCGAGUGCAGUGCUACCAAAA